AUGCCGCGAAAAGAAUCAGCAAAAAAAUCAGAAAUUUGGAACUUCUUUGAAAUGAAACCUAAAUCUGACAGAAUUGCCGUUUGCAAUAUAUGUAAAACCGAAUUGAGUUAUAAAUCCUCCUCCAACAAUUUAAGAAAACAUAUGCUAAGGAAGCACCCACAAGUUAGAUUGAAUUCAAGUGAAAAUGAGACUAGACCAAUGAUUAGUUCGGCGUCUGAAGUAGAUACUAAUGUGCAAUUCAUGGAAGUACAUACCAACAAACAUGACGGCGAGCUUUCGUCAACUUCGGGAACAGCAUCAACGUCUAGUAGUAAUCCAAAAACCAUUAUUUCCAAACCGGCUAAAAUGCAAUCAACAGUUAGUACAUUUUUACACAAGAAAUUGGGAGUAACUGCCCGAAAAACAAUUGAUGAGGCACUAAUGCUACUUUUCACCCAUGAUUUUCAACCGUUUUCCAUUGUUGAAGACUUUGGAUUUAGAAAAUUUGUAUCAGCGCUUAAUCCAUCAUAUGGCUUACCAAAUAGAAAAACUAUAACUAAUACACUGUUACCGGCAAAAUACGAAGAAGUCUACAAUAACACCAAAAAGGAACUUGAAGGCGUAGAUUCUGUGACACUGACAACAGAUUGCUGGACAUCAUCUACUACUGAGAGUUUUUUGGCAGUUACAGCUCAUUUUCUAGACAACAAGUUUAAACUAAAACAUAGGGUAUUGGGAUGCGAAUCAUUUAGCGAGAGGCAUACAAGCGCCAACCUAGCUAGUGCCAUUAGAAAUAUUCUUGUCGAAUGGGAUUUGGAAAACAAAGUUUUAAUAUUUAUUUCCGACAAUGCUGCCAAUAUUAAAAAAGCCAUAAAAGAAGAUCUUCAGCAAAAACAUUUUGGUUCCUACGCCCAUACAAUUAAUUUAAUUGUACAGAAUUCAUUAUAA